UCUCGUCAGUGUCGUCUGUCCCCGGUUCUUUCUGAAAGCAACGGCCAUAACGUAAGCCUGCGUGCUUGUUCUCUGUCCUCGGAGCUAAGGCCUAAUCGGCGACUUGCACGUUUAUUUUCAUCCAUCGGGGCUCAGCUUUAGCAAAAUUACAUUUCUACGAUGACGACGAAGGCAGAAUUAUCUUGCGUGUACGCCGCCCUCAUCCUCGCUGACGACGACGUCGCCGUUACUGGUGAAAAGAUCCAGACCAUCUUAAAGGCUGCUAGUGUAGACAUUGAGCCCUACUGGCCAGGUCUUUUUGCUAAGGCUCUAGAAGGUAUCAAUGUCAAAGACCUGAUCACCAAGAUUGGUUCAGGAGUUGGAGCUGCCCCAUCAGCUGGUGGCGCUCCAGCCGCUGCAGCUGCUGCUGCCAGUGAUGCCCCAGCUGCCAAGGAGGAUAAGAAAGAGGAACCAGAAGAAGAAUCUGAUGACGACAUGGGCUUUGGUCUAUUUGACUAGACAAACUCUGGUGGGUCCAUUUUUUUUGUACAGUUUUAUUGUACUUUAAAAAAAAAAUAAAAUAAAAAAAAACUGAAAAAUUUA